ACCACCUAAAAAAGUACUCUGUACUCGGUAUUUUAAAUUUGGGAGUGAUCACAAAUUUGAUUGAGUAUUCCUUAUUUGGAACAAGAGUACUCCUUAAUUAUUAUUUUUUCAACCAAACAUGAGCUAAGCGGCAGCGGGUGAGGAGGAGAGAAAACGCGCCCCUAUUUUUGUUGGGUUAUGGGGGUUUCUGUUGCAGUGGUGUUCAGGGGCUAGUGGCGCCUCUCUGAGCUUUAUCGGACGCCGAUCCGAUCCUCCCGGCGACCCGGCGAAACCCAAUAUUUGGAAAAACCCAAGUUUCACUCCUAUCUCACUUCAUCUUCUUCUCCACUGCGUUGAAGUUUUGAUCUAAUCGGUUUUCAGUUUUUCGUUGAUAUAGUUAUAUUUAGUUUUUCCUUUAUAGAAUUCAGGGGAUAGUCGAUCAAUCGGUCGAUUUUGAGUACAGAGCUCGUGUUGAAACCCUAAUUUUCAGGCUUAUCUCGCUUGUUAAUACUUUUUUAGAUUAAAAUUGUCUAGCUUGGAGAAAAAGCAACCCUAGUUUUGAUGGCUACAGCUUCUUCUCCGAGUAAUCACUCCCCAAGGAGCACCCCCGACAUUGGCUCUCAAGGCAUCAGCAGUCCCAAGUCUAGGCGGUCAUUGCCUCAGCGUGUGGCUUCAGCUGCACGGACUCAGAUGGUCUGCGAGGCUGAAUAUGAACCAGUCCCUGUUGGACCCGCUUCUGGACUGAUCCCUCAGUCUCCACAUUCUCCUUCGACUGCUUGUGUUGCUCAUGACCAAACUGGAAGUUCAUCUGAUUGGUCUCAUUCACAAGGUGCUGGACCUACCUCUGGGAAUUCAUCAUCACCAUUGCCCGAGGAUGCUUCUGUGAGAGUUCAGGGAGAGAGCUCUGGGAGUGAGAAUGGGAGUGCGAGUAAUUCUGACAAGAAACUGGCCUGGAACAAGCCAAAAGAUGCCAAUGAUGUUGGUGCUGUGAUGGGUGCUGUUUCUUGGCCUGCUCUAUCUGAGUGUACCAAAGCUUCUCCCAAAACAAAUUUGCCGAAAACUCUCUCUGAUAGCUUGCAUUCUACUUCUCAGGGUACUAGUGCAGCUUCUUUUCCGCACAAGCAACUUCAUACUAAUAAUGCAAAUUCUAGUUCAGCUCCAAAUCAUGCUCCAAACCGCCAAAGAUCAUUUAAACGUGGUGGUGGGAAUUCCAGCAAUAGUGUGCAAGCUAAUGGAAACUUCUCUCAGUCACAAGGUGCAAUCGUUGAAAUGGCACCUCAUAGUGCUGAAAAAUCUGGUAACUCUGGUGCAGGGUUAUCUUCAAGAGACAAUAUGAAUCAUGAUGUUAGGCAGAGAGGAUUUGGAUAUAAAUCACAUGGUGGAAAUGAACACCAACACCAACAAAAUUCUAACAAAAGGAGUAAUGGUGGGCCACGUCCUCGUGGCGAUGGCUCCCAUUACCAUGGCCAUGGCAGUGCUCGUGAUCAGGAGCGUGGGAGUCAGGAAUGGAAUCAUAAUCGGGGUUUUGGUGGUAGAGAUGCACACAUGCCUCCAAUAAGAUUUCCUGCUAGGCCCUUCAUACGCGGUCCUCCUACUCCACCUUUUAUUCCUCCAGCCAUGCCCAUACGACCUUUCAGUCCCCCUAUUAUUUAUCCGGAGGUUGCAUCUCCUCUGUUUUGUGUACCAGGGCCGCAUCAAGAAUCAUUCAGAAUGCCAAUGUUUGCUCAUAUGCCUCCUUUUUUGUAUCCCGUACCAGAUCCUCAGUUGUAUAGCAAGAUAGUAAAUCAGAUAGAUUAUUAUUUCAGUAAUGAAAAUUUAAUUAAGGACAUGUUCUUGCGUGGAAAUAUGGAUGACCAGGGAUGGGUUCCUAUUAAACUUAUAGCAGGCUUCAAGAAGGUUUCUAUGCUCACAGACAGUAUGCAAGUCAUAUUGGAUGCCUUACGAGCUUCAAAUGUCAUAGAAAUACAGGGUGAAAAAGUGAGAAGACGCUCUGACUGGAUGAAAUGGAUUGUGCCACCGUCGAUGCAAUAUUCAAGUCGUCAGACUGUUGAACAGAAUCCAAGCCCUGAUACGGUUGCUGCCCAUCUCAAGAGUGUUACAUUAGAUGAAACGGCUUCCAAUGGCAGUGCAUAUGCAUAUGAUAGUAGAGGAGUGCUACCUGGGAAGUUCUCUAGAACCAGCUUGCAGCUGAAACCUGGCAAUCCAAUCACAGCUGAGGCAGGGCAGCAGGUACCCACUGAGUGACUGCUGGCUUAAACAAGAGCAAUCGGCUUUGCCUUGCCGGUAGAAAUAAACAUACCUCAGGGAAAAUUUGAAAAAAAAAUAAAUAAAUUAAAGAGUCUAAAGAGUUAGAGACGACUUUAUCGGUGGCUGUUUUGAGUUUGUUGGGAUGGUAUAUUUUGUUUUAUCCUGGAUAAGAAGCUGGAGGUUGUUUUGACUUUCUUUGAUUUGUUGCAUGGGGAAUUUUGAUAUCUAUUGCCCCAUGGCAGCCAAGUGCUCCUGCUACUAGUACAACUUGGGGUGGUAAGAAAAAUGGAAAGAUAUGAAUUUGUUUGUAUUUGGAAGCUUGCUAUUAGGCUUCGACAAGACUUUUUUUCCAAAGAUGCUUCGACCAGACUUUAUUGCCCUUAGAUCUAUGCCAUUUC